AGAAUUUACAUAGAAAAAGAUACCAAAGUGCCCAAUGCAGCAAUUUUCACCGUAAACAAAGAAGAUCAUACUCUUGGGAAUUUAAUUACAACGUAAGUAACUGAGUCAAAGUUUUCAAUGUAAGUGUUUAAACUGGCAUUAUUUAGCAUCUUCACUUCAGUGCUGAUAAAAAAAAUAGUAAAAUCAAUUUCUUUCAGCAUGGCCUCAUACUAAUGACUUUAUUAAAUUAAUUUACUCCAGUUGAAAUUAUUAGGUGAUUAGUAUUUUUUAAUGCUGUUAAUUUUUUUUAAUGAAAUUAAGUACUUGAUUUAAAUAAGGAAAUUCUUAAAAGAUAGAAAUAAGAAAAAGAUAAGUCUUAUUAUUGAAUAAAUGCUCUCACAAGUUGUGAAAUAGCAUCAAGAAAUUGCAGGCACAGAAUUAAUGCUUCAUAAAGGCUACCAAGUUAACUUUGUUCCUGGGUACGCACAGAAGUAUAAUAGCAAUACCUACAAUAACCUUACAUUUUAUAGAAAAAUAAUGAAUGGCUGAACUUAUUAAUAAUUAUAAUGUUCUUAACUUGGAUUUAUAAGUGCAUACAAUAUUUUGCCACACAAAUAGAGGCAGCUAAAAUUUACAUUUGUUGAGUUUCCAUUCUUAAUACAUGAAUAUCAGUCAGGCUGAAGCGAGGACAAAUAUGUGGUUACACAGGAAAUACAGUUUCCUACAUUUUUUUACUCUAUCCCUAAUUUAUUAUCUAUUAAUUUAUUGUUUAUCCUUCUUGCGUAUCUUUCCAUCCUUUUUAAUGGUGGAAAACUAAUAGUCAAAUAAUAAGUUUUUAUACAUUGUAAAUAAUUUUGUUUAGAUGAUUCCCAAAACUGUCUUUGUUUAAAGUCUCUUGAUUUCAUCAUAUUAUGAUGACAUUAUUUUUGCUUCAUGUUUCAGCCAACUUUUGAAAGAUCCUCAAGUAUUGUUUGCUGGGUACAAAAAUCCUCACCCACUGGAGCAUAAAUUUGUUCUGCGUAUCCAGACCACUCCUGACUACACCCCACAGGAAGCCAUAACAAAUGCCAUAACUGAUUUAAUCUCUGAAAUAUCCCUUCUGGAAGAGAGAUUCAAGGUAUGUCUGUUUUUUAUUCUUUUUUUUAAUAUUUUUUAAAUGACUAAAUGCAGUGAAUUAACCAUUAAGAAUUCAUUCCAGUCGAACAUUCUGAAUUAAAAUCUGAAAGGAGUCUAGCAACAUUUUCAAUAAAUUAACUGAAAGAAUUCAUGAGGGGAAUUAUUGAAUUUUAAUGGAAAUGAAACUUUUAUUAUCUUUUUCCUCAAUUUCUUUUGUAUUUAAUAUAUUUUUUAAAAUGCAACAUUAAUCAUGAAAAGUGUUAAAAUCUAGUCGUGCUGAAAAAUAAAAAUACUCGAUAAAGCUAAAAUCUUGUACCCAAGUAAAAAGUAACAUUGUUUUAUUCAAACAAACAUGUUGCAUAAGGCUAUACAAUGAAAUAUAUUUUAUUUCACUCUUUUAUUUAUAAAAAAUAAACAAUUUUUUAAUUUAAAAUUAUUAUAUAAUUUUUUAAAAUAUAUUUUAAGCUCAGAUUAACUUUUGUCAUGAAAUUUGCUUUUUCCCCUUAAUUAGGAUGCUGUGAGAGAGAAACAAGAAGGCUCCCCAGUUUAAAGUCACCAACAUAUCACCUCUUGUUAUGUAAAUAAUCAUCCCUGCCAUGGCAUUAUUUUUAAGCAAGCAAAGUUUCACAAUAUCAUCAGCUGCAAAGCAACGGUUUUGAUGUCUUCAAAUGGUUAAACUUUUCAUGAUCUUGACCUUUUCUCAAAUCAUCUCUCAUAAAACAAUACCAGACAGGGUUAUAUCUUGUAAACAAUGGUGAGAACUGUGCAGAAUUCUAGAAUAAAAUAUCUUUUUAUACCUUGCAUGAAGGGAUUCUUGUUGUUUAAUUUAGAGCAAAUUAGCAAAACAUCAAUGAAUUAUAGUUCUGUGUUGUCUAACACUCUUUCAAAACAAUUUUUGCCAAAUUCUCUCAUAAGUUUGCACUGAAGAUCGUUAGAAAAUUAAUUUCAUAAAGAUUCUGUCAAAUUAGUUUUAAGAGUUUGAUGUUACUAAGUCAGUAACCAUUCAUAUUGUAACAAUUUUUAUCCCAUGUUUAGCUGUAACAUUACUUUGUAACUAUGGAAUAAGAUGUUAUCAUUCCAAGUUUGUCUAUCAUGUUUUAACCCUAUCCACCUCAAUUGGGUGUAAUACACCCGAAGACAGACUGUGAUUGCUGAUAUCUUGAGUUUCCUUUUAAUAAUAUUUCUCAUAAUCUACCUAAUCCACAAGGUAGUUGCAAUGAACACCUUGGUGGAUGCAAUUGUAAAAAGCAUGCAAAAGUGACUUAUUUUUGGAGGCCUAAACUGUUUUUCUACAGUCCGUAGCAACUGGGUGUAACACACCCGUGCAUAAUUGAAUAGAAGAAAAAAAACAUCUAAACUGGCUUGUGAACAUUUUCGUUUGGUUGUUGUUUGAUUAUUUGAGUCUGUGUCCUCCAUAAAAUAGAUUUUGACAAUAUAUAAAUAUCUAUUCUUAAUGUAUUUGGGUACUAACAAUAAUAACAUGUAUUCAACUUGAAAAACCAUUUCAAAACAGAGCAGUCACAUGUACACAUGGAACAUAGGGGCUCAGCUUGCACAGUUUUUACAUAAAAGAACAGAAUGGUUUUGCAAAUAUGUCCAAUAAACUUGCUGAAUUGAAGUGGUUUGGGCAGCUUUUGAAUUUGAAGUGUUUGUAAAUAUUUUAAAACACUGGCAAAGUUGUGCCUCACAAUAUCUUGAUGUGUUGGGACGGAUCGCCUCUACUUGCGGAUGGGUGAGGGAAUGCGCAAAGUCAAUAUUGACUGUCUGUUGUCUUCAUGAGACAGUGAGUUAGUCAGAUAUUUAUAUUUUACCUCACAAUAUCUUGAUGUGUUGGGACGGAUCGCCUCUACUUGCGGAUGGGUGAGGGAAUGCGCAAAGUCAAUAUUGACUGUCUGUUGUCUUCAUGAGACAGUGAGUUAGUCAGAUAUUUAUAUUUUAAUGCCACUCUUAAUGCAAUUGAUGCCAAGUCAAUAAUGUUAAAAAAAACAUAAACUAAGGCCAUCUUUCACUUUCAGUAUUUUGUAUUCACAGAGAACACCAUCAUUUGGUCCUUGGCGAAUAUGCCUCCCUUUGCUUUUGUUGUUAUAGAGCACAAUCUCUGAUUUCUUGCAUUCAGUUUCACUUACUAUAAGGUAUACUAUAACUGGACGAUUCUGUAUUGUGCUCAGGAGCAAUACAUUUUUCUGUCUAAACAAAACCUUAUUUGUUAAGGGGCAGAGCCUUCUUUUGCUCAAACCCCUUAUGUGGGAACAUCUUGUUCCAUUUCACUGUUCCAACUAGUGUGAGUCUGUUCUUGGCCAUUGGUUCUGCAAGUUGUCGGGGAAUGAAAUAGUUGUUCUGAAAUUGUGGCCACUUCCAUGCAAGUCCCUUAUGAAAGAAAUCAUAGUCACAAUCAUAUUCCAACAUUUCUCGUUGCUGGCAGGGCACUUUCAUUUUCUUUGCUGAGAUAUGGGCAUCCUCUCAGGGGGUUAAUUCGAAGUAGAUUCACAGUCACAGGUCUACAAGAUUUGUAUUCCAUAUUUGUCAGGCUUAAUUUCUCGUUGCUGGCAGGGCACUUUCAUUUUCUUUGCUGAGAUAUGGGCAUCCUCUCAGGGGGUUAAUUCGAAGUAGAUUCACAGUCACAGGUCUACAAGAUUUGUAUUCCAUAUUUGUCAGGCUUUGUUAGCAUAUGUUGAAAAAAGCUGCAACGACCUCUGAAACCAAUCAGUUGCUCACCUACUGUGAUGUUCUCUCCAGGAACAUAAUACCUCGCCAAAUUACUCAGGAAUGCUUAACAUACAUCUCUUAUUAUUGGAUCAAAGAUGUCACGAGCUAUAAAGGAUUGAUCUAGUAUCAUUGUUGUCAAAAUAAACUUGAAUCAGAAUUUUGCUGAAUCUCGUCAUUGAAAAUGUGCCAUAAAAAUAGGAUUUCCAUCAAUGUGGCUGAAUAAAAAGUCCACUGACAUGCUGUUGAGAUUAAGAUACCAGUGUGUAGUAGAAGUAGGCAGCCAAUAAAAGCUUUCAUUUAGAUCGCAUCAUUCCUUUGCCAUUUUUCUCCUCUUACUUUCUCCCCUUCCCUGUUGGUGCAGUCAACUAUUCUUUGUAUAAUUGUUCAUUAAUAUUAAAUAAUAUACAGAAGAAAUGCUUCAGUGGGAGAAACUACACAGUCUGUGAAGCGAGUUCGGUUUCAAGGCAACUAAAUCAUGCCACAUUGUUAAAAAUAAAAUGACAUAAAGCGAACCAUUUACUGCGAAUUAAGACUAUGGAUGUAACCCACCCAGUUGCCAGGAAUAGCCAGAAACACUUUUCCCCAUUAUAAUAAGUGUACAGGUGUGCCACACCCAGUUGCUAGGGACAGGGUAUACAAUAUGUUGAGGGGGAUAGGGUUAAAUAGACUGUCUGUUGGAAUUUAUUUAAUUAUUUUUAGCGAGUUUUGGAAAGAGAAAAAAAUCUCAUUUGAAAUAUCCCAUGGUAUUGUUUGGUUAAUUAAAUUAGCUUAAACACACAAGGUUCGUAAUAGUAAAUAACUGAAGAAUUAAAAAUCAUAUAUUGUGUACUUG